AGCACCUGAACAACAAUCACUUGAACUACAACUACAACCGCUUCAUUUCCCAUCUGGGUCGACCAGCACGUCCUCCCUCGGGUCAAUGGUACACUCCGGCACCAUUCUUGGCCGCUACCCAAAACCCCCUAUCCAGGGAUGAAGCCCAACAGCUACUCGAACUCUACUAUCUCAUCCAAAUGAUAACCCUCUAUCGUCGGGCAGCCCCUCGUCGAACGAAGCUGGACGAACUGGUCGAACAGCUCAAGGAUGACUACUUCGAGCAGCAGCUGCGAGACCUUUUGCAUGAGGUCGAAGGCUUCGACGAAGUGGCCAUUCUUGGGUCGCAUGCUUACGACCGUUUGGAACCCUGGAAUUUGUUGGAUAAGGGACGAUUUGUAAAUGACUAUCGACAACUGAUACCAGCCUUGCAUCGGGUGCUGGAUGUGAUCGAGGUGGACAACUAUGCGGACGAAGAUUUCCGAGAGAAGUUGAAACAGUUGAAGAAAAACGUCGAAGGAGUUACCGUUGAGGUGAUUCAGAAAGAGCUGAACAUCUUGGAGGAGUUGGAUUCGUUGAAGUGGACUACGGAGAAGCCCUGGACGAUUCAGGACAUUUUGGCGAUUAUUUUCGGAAAGCAAGGACAGAAGCCGAUCAAUGAUUUCGAUGAAAACUAUGACAUUGUCGAAGAGGACGAUGAACCUGUGGAUGAUGGAAAGGUCGAAGAGUUCUGGGUAGUUAUUGACGAUUCCAGCGAAGACAACCAAUCAAAUGAAAUAAAGCCUGGUGUCAUUGACAUCAGACACGAUUCGAACGGUACUUUGGAGGUGAAAUCUGUUCCAGACAAUGUUACAGUAGUUGUUGAAGAAGAUUCAGUUAUUGUAGCGAAAACUAUUGAAGGUGAUACUGAUGCGAACCAGGGAGAAACAGAAGCCACGAGUGAGCUUCACGAAAUAGAAUCCGAAGAAAAGUCUGAUAGUUUUGAAUUCAAGCCAGAAUAUUACGAAAACAACGAAUCGGACACCGAUGAUCUAGAACACCAAGAGAUAUCUGAAGUUGAAAACCGCGAAGAACCAGAACUUGUAACCGUUGUUGAAAACGCUGAAGAAACCAUCUCAAUUUCUCAGACCCCUGUGUCUGCAACCACUCCAAUUGUCAUUCUAGAAGGAUUAUUAGAACCAGAGAAACUCGUACCAGAAAGUAAACAAGAAGUUUGGGCCGAAACCGAAACUUUACCUACCAUCCUACAACAAAUCACAGAACAGCCCGACAUGGUUGAAGCGAAAGAAACCGAAUCGAUCGUCCAGCUGCAACAAAUCUUAGAUAACCCUGGCAGCUUUCCAGAGCACUACAACGAACCAGAGGUAAUUUUCGAAUCGGAAAAGCUUCCUGAACCCAUCGACGUCAGUCAACCGGCAGAGUGGAUCGAGCCGAAGGAACAAGAUGGCGAGCCGCUUGUCGAUCUACCGGACCAGGAAGAAGUGAUCGACGAGCUGGAAGCUGAACUGCUGCUGAACAAUCUAAGUGAAGAAGUGGAGGAACAGGACGCCGAGGAUAUUGAUGAAGCCUCAACAGAGAGUGUUCCUCUCUGGGAAAGUGAAGACGAAGCCGGCAACGAAACCGGUGACGACAACGUUGAAGCAAAGUCAGACGACCUUGAAGAAUUGGAUAGAAAUCACGCACCGAAAAUCGGCUUAGAAAUCGAUCCCGAUGAGCAGUAUGAGCAGGUUUCGAAACCCACCGAAACAGCUUUCACCGUUGAUGAAGACGUUCGACGCUACGUGGUCGAUGAGGUCGGCAAAGUGCUGGAUUUGGUACAGGAAUCUCACGGUGAGCAGGCGCGCUCGAGUGUUUCCGCUGAAGAUUUGGAUCGGAUGGCUGCCCAGUUGCAGCCGGGAGAAAGUCGCGAGAUCGAUGAAAAGUUGGUUAAGAGUGCUGGGCGAGUCGCUAUUUUGUCGGCUCUUCAGGACAUUCUGAGAGAGAAGGAUGACGAAGCGAGUGCACGGACGAUUGAGGUCUUGGAAAUGUGGAAACAGGAUGAAGAAGCGGUGACAGAAGAUGGAUACUUUGAGAGGAAUUAUGGAGUGGGAGUUGAAGCUCGCAAGAUUCCUGAAGACGAGUCACUUAUUAUAGAAGAUGAAAACAAUUCAGCUGCAGUUGUAGAAACGGUGGACGAGCAAGAACUGCAAAUAGAUGAUGAUGUCGAAAUCAAAGAAGCAGAAGAGAUCAGUGUUGAAGAACCUGAGUUUAAAUUGAAGAAUGAAGCGACUGGGGAAGAGAGUGAAACCACUGAUAACGAACGAACUUCCGAUGUAGUAGAACAGAAGAAUGCUUUGGAUGAAGUUGUCUUGGACAAACCAGAAAUUCCUUCUCAAUCCUUGAAUGAAACUCAGGAAGCGACGAAAAAAAGUUCGGUUGAGUUGACAGACGAUAAAACACGCGGAAAUUUGCAGCCGUUUCCUGAAGAGGUUACCGAUGAAACGGAACCUCUGGAGGUGGCUAGAGUUAGCACUGACGAGAGGCCUUUAGAAGAUCAAAACAUCGAAGAAGUUCUUUCCGAUUAACCACACGUUAAUCGACUCAAUUUUAACCCUACUUAAACCAUAAAGACUUAUUUAAAAAUAAUUUUAGAAAAAAUGCAAUAAAUACAUUCCAAUUGGACGAAUCCCACCCUAAAAACGUUUAUCCCUCAACUUUCCAGGCCAAUCCGAAUCGAUCGACAACGAAGAAGAAAACAGUCUCAGCGCAAUCCAGGUAGAGGUACGCAAUUCCGAUUUACUGCAGCUGGUUCCGCAUGUAGUUGAGCAACUACGCC